CACCGAGCAGAGGGGAAGAAAUUAGAAUGGAGGCUAGAGUUAACCAUCAAAAUUACUCGAAGUUUUUGCCUCUAACGACAAAUUCCCUUUCCCUAAUGUCAGCAACGAAUCGAAUUAUGAGAUUCCAUUGACUAAAAUAAUCGAAACUCCUACCCUUUCUUAUAUGUCUUGUGAUGGUCGAUUCGAAGCCGGCACUCGUCGUGUUCUACCUCACUCUUUUGAGACACAUUUCUGGGCUCUUAUAUAGCGCUCUGAUUCUGCAAUCAAUUGGGUCGACAGUCCCAAGGCCACGAUGGAUUCCCACGACGAGGAGUCGCCGUUGGUUGCGGAUAGUUCGCCGGUUCAAACCCCAAAGCAAAACCACGCCAGAGAUGUUCAUAUUCUCAGCUCUGCCUUCCUCUUGAUCUUUCUUGCCUAUGGAGCCGCUCAGAAUUUGGAGAGUACCCUCAACACGGAAGAGGAUUUGGGUACGACUUCGCUUGGGAUAUUGUAUUUGUCAUUCACAUUUUUCUCAUUAGUGGCUUCUGUGGUGGUUAGAAGACUGGGGACAAAGAAUGCUUUGGUUCUUGGGACUACUGGUUACUGGUUGUUCAUAGCUGCUAAUUUGAAGCCAACAUGGUAUACAAUGGUUCCAGCUUCUGUGUACCUUGGCUUUUCUGCUUCAAUUAUAUGGGUUGGGCAGGGUACGUAUCUCACUUCCACUGCCCGCAGUCAUGCAAAAGAUUGCAACUUACAUGAAGGGACAGUAAUUGGUAACUUUAAUGGAGAAUUUUGGGGAAUGUUUGCGAGUAACCAGUUUGUUGGAAAUCUUAUUUCACUUGCAAUGUUGAGCGAUGGGACGGAGGGAAGUACCAGUGGCACAACUUUGUUGUUUGUUGUGUUCCUUUGCAGUAUGACCUUAGGUACCAUACUUAUGUGCUUCUUAACAAAAAGGAACCAUAACGCAGAGGAUGGGACUCAAGAUUCUUCCGUUGGCGUAUAUUCUACCGUGGUUUCUCUGUCAAAGUCUUUAGUCACUCUCUUGUUUGAUGCACGGAUGCUAUUGACCAUCCCCCUUAUUGCGUAUUCAGGAUUACAACAGGCGUUUGUAUGGGCUGAAUUCACCAAGGAUAUUGUAACUCCAGCACUCGGUGUGUCUGGUGUGGGUGGUGCAAUGGCAGUGUAUGGAGCUUUUGAUGCAAUAUGUUCACUGGCAGCUGGUCGACUCACCUCCGGUCUCACGUCAAUCACUUUGAUAGUUUCUGGUGGUGCCUUAAUUCAGGCUGUUGUAUUCCUGUGGCUCCUGCUAAUAUACAGGUUAACUAGCGGAGUACUUGGCAUUAUGUACCCACUUCUCAUGGCUGCCAUGUUGGGUAUUGGUGAUGGAGUAUUUAAUACACAACUUAAUGCUUUGCUUGGGAUACUCUUCAAGCAUGAUACGGAAGGAGCAUUUGCACAGCUCAAGGUCUGGCAGAGUGGUUCCAUCGCAGUCGUGUUUUUCGUGAGUCCAUACAUCUCAUUGAAGGCAAUGCUGGUGGUUAUGCUCGCCGCGCUCUGCCUCUCAUAUGCUGGGUUUCUGCUUUUAACUCUCAAGAAGAAGAAGAAGAAUUAUAAGCACAAGUGCCUUGUUCCAUUCUGUUCCAUAACUGAAGUGGUGCAUAGGUUAGUAGAAGUUGAGGUCAUAAAUAAUACUUUAUUGUUAUAAUUUUUUUAUUGUAUUUAUGAUUCUGUAACCUCAUAACAUGUAGUUAUGAUUUAUCAGAACUUUAUGCUCUUUGUAACCUCAUAGCUUUUAGCUAUAAUUUAUUAGAGCUUUAUGCUAUGUGAUGUAAAAGUUUUA